AUGUUGUUUUGUUCGGAUAAGAGUUUCCUAUUUUGUUUUCUCUGUUUAUCAACGUCGUUCUCGGAUUCUUCAGUGUCUGUAUAUUUUAAGAGAAAAACAAAUCUGUAUUUCAGAAGAGAGAUUGCCGUCAUUCCAGAUUAUGUACUGAGUUUGACAGAAUGUGCAAUGAAAUGUGUUUGCAAAAAUAAAUGUGUUUCAUUCUUUUACAACCACUUAGAUUUCUGUUGUCAGCUGGGAGGGAAAACAUACGUGUCUUUUGCUGAUAGCAGCACAGACCCAUGGAAAUAUUACGAAAGGCAAAUGACGAACGUUGCUUCCUUUAAGUUGGUGUCAAUGAGUUCCGAGUGGAAUCCACCCCACCAUUCCCCGUCUUAUGCCGUUGAUGACCAAGUUCUGAAUACUCUAAAUGGCGCUAAGUGUGCAUGUACACAGAAUGAUUUUACCCCUUGGAUGGUCAUUGACUUGGAAAACACUUUUGAUGUAAACUACGUUACUUUAUUCAACAGGAUCGACACCUUGGGUGAACGUCUGCAGCAAGUGACUGUUUAUUUGGGUGAGGACUCUGGUUCGUUUUCUGUCACAUGUGGGACUUUCACAGGCCCAGGUGAAAAUGCUGAAGUUAUACAUAUUGUAUGUAACAAACCAGCAACUGGGCGAUUUGUGAAGAUUCAAAUGAACAAUUUUCAGCGAAAUAGGUAUCUUACACUGUGUGAAAUUAGAAUUUUGGUAUAG